GACGUCGACCGUUAGGCUUUCCAAGACGCAGUAUAAUAAAACCUUACCGUUGUCUCAAAUUUGAAUCCCUACAGAAAUAUCAAGAUCCCGCCUCCUUUCCUUCUCUUGAGGAGAACUAGAGCCUCUAAAAUCAGAUCCAAUCUAUCUUCCCGAAUUCUCUUCUUCUCCCCUUCACAAUCCGAACCCUGUUCACAGAAAGAGAUGGCGGCCACCAACAUUGGAAUGAUGGAUGGCGCAUAUUUCGUUGGAAGGAGCGAGAUUCUGGCGUGGAUCAAUUCCACCCUCCAACUUAACCUCGCUAAAGUUGAAGAGGCGGCGUCUGGUGCGGUACAUUGCCAGUUAAUGGAUGUGGUUCAUCCAGGGAUGGUGCCGAUGCACAAAGUAAACUUUGACGCCAAGAAUGAAUACGAGAUGAUCCAAAACUACAAGGUUCUGCAGGAUGUGUUUAACAAGCUCAAGAUCACCAAGCAUAUUGAAGUUAGUAAGCUUGUUAAAGGAAGGCCUCUUGAUAAUCUGGAGUUUAUGCAAUGGAUGAAGAGGUAUUGCGACUCUGUGAAUGGCAGCAUACUAAAGAACUACAAUGCCUUGGAGAGACGAGAUUCCUGCAAGGGAGGAAAGGAAGUAAACAGGAAAAUCUCAACGACACAAGCAUCUUCCAAAACAUCAUCUAUGGGUGCUAGAACUAACUCCUCACUGCCUAACAAGAAAAGUGAUACUAGUUCAGCUAAUGCACCGCAUAAAGCAUCUAAACUUUCAACAACAGCUGAAGCAGAUAUUUAUGAUGAGCAGAUUACUGAGAUGAAGCUAUUUGUUGACAGCCUUGAGAAGGAAAGAGAUUAUUACUAUGCUAAACUAAGAGACAUUGAAAUACUCUGUCAAAGUCCUGAAGUUGAGCAUUUGCCAAUAGUUAAAACUAUUCAAGCGAUAUUAUACUCCACCUAUGAUAACGGCUCUCUCUUGGAAGAAGCACAAUUGAUGAUAUCGCAGAAAGAUCAGCAUUCCUUGAGUCCCAUCUUAGAAAAUUCAGCGGAGCAAGUGAAACAGGAAUCACAAAAGAGAAAGAUCAUCUCAAGUCCUGAAUCAGAUGUGUUCAGGAGCUCAACAACAUCAACAUCACAAAGACAACGCCUUUCUGAUAUCUCAGAGUUUCAUCACUGUGAAUCGCCAUUAACAAAUUUCUGAAGAUCAAAUUCCAAGGAAAGCUUAAUCAACCGGAUGUGAAGAUCCAGGUUAUGUCUAACUUUGAGGCAUCUGUUAAAUGAAUCAUUUGUUCGUUUGGUCAUAUUCUUGCCUAAGAUAGAAGACAAGCCUUCUACUUGUUAGUUUUUGAUGUAGUAGAAUUAGUCUUUAGUUAUGAAUUGUUUUGCAAUUUGUGUUUGUUUUGUCAAAUUAAACCAUGUCUAGUGGAAGUGGGAUUUUUCCCUACCAUUUUUACAUAUUU